AUGGAGGAUGGCAGACCGGUUUGGGAGUGGUUUCAGGAGUUAUUUAGCGAGUUGCUGCCGUCGGAUAAGGUUAAGCAGUUCACAGUCCAUUUCACAUGGUUCCAUAGGAGGUUCACGGUGCUACCAGUUUAUGCGAGUAAGGAUACUGUACGUAUAUACGCACGUGCAUACAUUAUGAUGCUGCUAUCCACUCCGCUGUUUAGUGACAAGAGUGUGAAUCAGGUACAUAUUCAAUGGUUGCCAUUUGUGGCGAGGCUUGACGACAUGGGUACUUACAGCUGGGGUUCAACUGCGUUGGCAUGGCUAAUUGAUGCAUGUGUCAGGUGGCCAACAGAAAUGUCACAAACUUGGCAAGCCCCCUACAGCUACUACAGUCUUGAAUCUUCUAGCGGUUCUCCACUCUCAGGCCGCAUGGAUUUGACAACUUUUCUUUUCCGUCGGCAUCCAGUACCCACAUCUGAUGGGAAGGAGCAAAGAAUUAUCCAGUUUUGCCUUGCAUUAGACCGGCUGGGUGGUCAAGACCCUUAUGAUAUGCUUGACGUACUUUCCAUUGUUCAUCCAAAGAUUCUAGUUGAGGAGCACGGUCGGUUAUGGCGGACGGACACUGGCCUGAUAUAUUUUGCUGUCAAUGAGUGGCAUCAAGUUGAUAGGGUGGUCUCACAGCUCGGUGGCGUACAGCAUGGACCUGACACAGCGUUGAACAUAGACUGGCUUCAUGGCAAGGAUGGUAGGAGUGGAGAUAAGUGGUUCCUUACUUAUUUUCAGACAUGGCAUUUGCAUUGGGAUAACAUAGUUGAUUCUAUCCUGACUAUCCAGAGAGUGGCUGAUCCAGGUCAGUCUGCGAAGUUCCUAGACUGGUGGUACUGUAUAGCACAUAGGUUUCUGUUGCCGGAUGCUGCAUUUACCGAUCCUAGGGUGGAGGAGAUUCCAAAUAAUGCCUUCCACAGAGGGUCGUCGUAG